AUUUACAAAGUGCAUUCUCUUCUCACUCUGUACAGAUACAGUGAGGUCUGCACCAGCAGGAGGAAAAGAGAACAAUGUGGAAAGCAGCAGUGUUUGUGUUGCUGCUGUUGAACGUGGACACACAGGUGAACGGUGCUGCAGGUGACACGAAGGACUCUGUGAAGGAAAAUCCCAGACCUGAGACACAGGUGAAGACAGAAGAGGCUGGAGCCAGUGGCAGCAUUCCUGCAAAACAAGCUGCCUCUCCAGCCUUCCUGGGUAAUUUGCUUGUGAUACCCAUGGAUGGGAGUCACUGGAUAACCACUAAGGCCGUUGCCCAACAAAUGGGUCGUCGUGGACACCGGGUCACCGUUGUGAUACCAGAGGUCAGCAUGCGCAUGGGCCCGGGGAAGCACUAUGACACUGUGACCCACUCUGUUCCCUAUGACACAGCUUUUAUAGAGUCUGUGCUGGCCUUACAGAAGGAAAACAUGCAAAACUCAGGACUCUCUUUCAUGGAGAAGACAAAGAAAAAAAUCGCACAUUUCCAGGGAAUUAUAGGAUUACUGCACACCACCGCAGAGAGUCUACUGUUCAACGCCAGCUUAAUCUCACACCUGGCACAGCAGGGCUUUGAUGCAGUGCUGACAGACCCCGCCGUACCCACGGGUGUACUGAUUGCUCGGAAAUUAGGCAUCCCCGUUGUUAAUCUACUGAGAGGAAUCCCGUGUUCCCUGGAAAUGAAGGCCGCAGGCUGCCCUUCUCCACCUUCAUAUGUGCCUCGCUUCUUCACGCGAUACACUGACAAAAUGACCUUCAAGGAGAGAACUGUCAACACCUUGAUAGCUUUGCUGGAGCCACUGCUUUGCAAACUGAUUUUCUGGCAUUUUGACCAUGUCACCCAUCAAUUCCUGGGAGAGCAGGUGGGCGUAGCUGAGGUGCUGUCAAACUCUGAUAUCUGGCUGCUGAGGAUUGAUUUCACACUGGAGUUCCCACGUCCUGUCAUGCCAAAUGUAAUACUCGUUGGUGGUAUCAACUGCAACGUGAGAGCUCCUCUUCCUGAGGAUUUGGAGACCUGGGUGUCAGGAGAGCACGGGUUCAUAGUGUUCACUUUGGGCACCAUGGUGUCAGAUCUGCCAGAAGAAACCACCUCCAUCUUCCUGGAGGCCUUCGGACAGAUACCACAGAAAGUGAUAUGGAGAUACACUGGUCACCUUCCUGACAAUGUCCCAGAAAACGUGAAGAUUAUGAAAUGGGUCCCUCAGAAUGACCUACUAGCACAUUCUGGAGCCCGGGCUUUCAUCACUCAUGCUGGCUCCAAUGGACUUUUUGAGGGACUCUGUCAUGGUGUUCCCAUGGUGAUGCUGCCAUUAUUUGGGGACCAGCCCGAUAAUGCGGAGAAGAUGGCGAAAAGGGGAGCAGGAGUUGUGUUGGAUAUUACUUGUAUCACUACAGAAAGCCUUCUUCAAGGAUUGAAUGAGGUCAUAUAUGAUGUCAGGUAUAAAGAAAACAUGCAGAAGCUGUCAGCUCUGCAUAAAGACCAGCCAAUUCGGCCACUGGACCUUGCUGUAUACUGGACAGAAUAUGUGAUGCGGCACAAAGGGGCAAAACAUCUCAAGUCAGCUGUCCAUGAGCUAAACUGGAUCCAGUAUUUCUGCCUGGACGUGAUAGCGACACUAGUAACCAUAGUUUUAGUUUUUGGAAUACUUACAAUAAAAUGCAUGAAAAUGUGUUUCCGGAAACUAAGCAGGAAAAACAAACAGGAUUAGCAGGGUUCUAUAACUCAGUAACAAUUUGUUGUUGAAUGUCUGGUAGGGCUUAAGAAGAAUAACUGAACAAGAUUCAGUGGCCAAAAAGACAUUUAAUAAAGAAAUAUACAUAAUAUUAUCACACUACAUUAUGGUCUGGCUUUGUGGGACAACUUUAAGAAUUAAUGGCCACCCUUCUUUGGUGGGAACAUAGUGUAUUCUACAGCCAGAGCGACAGCAAAGGCAGCAAAUCCCCACUUGAAUCCUCUGAACAGCACAUCUGACAGAGUCACAGCACGAGCAAACCCGCCCGAGUAUCUCCAUGCCUCAUUACUGCAGAGAGAGGGAGAGGAAACAGAAGGACAGGGAGCAGUGUCAGGAGCCAUACUGGAGACAAAACAAUCACGACAGUACCUCAUGUGGGCAAAAAUACUAACCGUAACCACGGGUCCUUGAGACCCCUGUUUGCAAGUCUCUGCUUCGUGAAUUCCAGCGGUGUUCCCUCCACUUUCCACUGACGCCAGUCUGGCAACGGCAUCUUGUUGUGGCCGUGGUCACCUCCCAUACUGCAAAAAAUAUACAUAUCCAACUUGUUAGUAGUUUGUGUGAGCAGUGAAUCUGAAAGCUAGUCAAUAAAAACAGAUGUGACUUAUAAAA